UGUGUGAUAACUGCAGCAUUUCCAAUCUCCUGGCCCUGACAGAGCAUUGGGUCAAAGGGAAGGUCAGCAACCUGCUGAGGUUCAUUUUAAUGGAAGAACUGAAAAGAACUAAAGAGCUUGUGUGGAAGCAUGUCAUCUCUUCAACCUACCUGGACCUACUUGGUCUCACUUUUUUGGCCUCCCUGGACCCCUCCAGUGCCAAGACUUUAGCCUCCUUGGAACUCUUUAAAAUCCCCUUUUCAGAUUCAUUGGAUUUAUCCAGUCUGAGCUCUUCAUCCUCUGUGGAAUUCUCCAGUCUCACUUCUUCAUCCUCUCUGGACCUUUCAAGUCUCACAUCUUCAUUCUCCUCAGACUUCUCCAGUACCUCCUCUUCAAUCUCCUUAGAGCUCUCCAGUCUCACCUCUUCAGACUCCUGGGAGCGCUCCAGUUUCUCCUCUUCAGUUUCACUGGACCUAUCAAGUGUCACUUCAUCAGGCUCUCCGGAUCAGUCUGGUGACAGCUCCUCAAUCUCUUUAGAUCUCUCAAGUGUCACCUCUCUAUCCACAGAUUUCUCCAGCCCUACUUCUUCACUCUCCCUAGACCUCUCCAGUCUCACUUCUUCGUCCUCCACAGAUGUUUCCAGUCACAGCUCCUCCGCUUCCCUGGACUUUUCCUGUACAAUCCCUCCAUCCUCACCAGGUGUGUCUGAGUACAGCUCCUCCACCUCGUCAGAAUCUCUAGACCUGACCGAUUUGAACUAUUUCAUGUUUCAGCGCUCCUCUGGAUUAUCUUCAUCAGCUCCUGAGGAUGUUCCCAACCUCAUCUCUGCCCCUUUCCUGGAUGUCUCCAGCCUCACCUUUCAGGAUGCUUCUCCCCUCAGUCCCUCAGUUUCUCUGGACAUGUCUAACCUGGCGUCCUUAGUUCCCCCAGACCUGUCCACGCUGACGUUCCUGGAUGUUGCUAAUCGCGCUGCAGCGGCGUCUCUGGAUCUGUGCAUCUGACCUGCCAACCCUCCCCUCCUCUGCACCUCCCUCUGUCCUGCCAGCUUCUCUCCUUUAUCUGCCCUCCCCUUUCUUCUCUCGCUGAAAAUUCCUACCUGAGGAAAGUUUAGGGCUUUACAAAAUGUCUCCUGGCAUCUAAACUGGGCAUGAAAACAGGUCAUGCAAAUCUGUAAUGGUGCCUUGGAACAGCUGCAUAAACAUCAACAUUUAUUCUGGAAUUUUUGUAGAGCACAGUUUCUGUCACUGACUGAUAUCCAGUCAUGGCUGGUGCCUCACCCAAAGGUUUGGCUUUUUCAGUUCAUGCUGAAUUUUUAUCUAUCAAGACCAACAAAUAGUAAAUAGAGCUAAAUGUGUAAGUAACAGCAUCCAGGUUGUGCAUCUCCAUUAUGGAUCUGCAUCUGAGUUACUUUCACAGAAUUGCAGGCAGAGGCAUUUCACAGGGAGAUACAGAGAGAGAAAAUGUGGUGGGAAAAGAAAACUGUGGAGCAAAAAACAGGUGAGAAAUGGGUUAGGGAGAGGAAGCAGAUAAGCUGUGGAGCAGGAAUAGAGGGGUACCUAGCUGGGGAAAAAUGUCCAACUCUACUGGCAUGUUUUUUCUCUGCCAAGCCAUCUAUGGCGCCUGGGCUGCCCAUGAGGCUUAAAAUAAUCUUAGUGCUAAUUAUUUUACCUAUCAAAUCAUCACAUGUUCCCAUUAAAGAAGCAUGUCCCAUUUGCAUGUUACAUCCUCUUUCUCAAUAUUUGUAAAUACUGCAGUUACUUGUCCUGCUGCUUAAGUAGCACAGAGCAGCUUCCCAAAAUCUUUGGUGCUGUCUUUUAUAUUUUUGCUAUCAUUGUUAUGACUGGGGCUUUGAAGCCAAAUAUAUUUCCUUUCAAUAUCACUGGCACCUUUCUGUGUUAAAAGUGCAGAAACAUGUUUGUCAUAACAAAUAUUUUUUUAAUUGGAAAUCUUUGCUCCAAUAUGCCACAUCUCUCACAAAAUUAAAAUGUUUCACACAAAAAUAAAGAAAACAAAUGUAUAAUGUAAGAAUUGUUUUCUGCCUCAUUUACACCAGUUAUUUCUUCAAAAUUAGGUAGGAACAAUUGCAAUAUGUGUAUUUAAGAAAUUAACCCAAAAUUCUAUAGGAGCUGAGUUGUUUAACAGUUAAAAGAAAUACUGAUCACUGGUGCAGAUCUCACUGUUAUAUGCUGGUGAACAAUUGUUCUUUUUGUUCUGGUGGCUCUUCCCUGACAUUACCAUGUCAUGGGUUGUUAAUGGCAAAGGUUCUGGACUAAAUGACAUCUCUAAAAAAGCUGAAAAUUACUCUGUGCUUUAAAAAUUGUUUGACUUUGGAUAAAAGGAAAUAAAAGAGAACAAGACAGAAGUGCAAGGAUUUGUUUAAAAGCCAGUAUUUAAUUUCCUUAAGUAUUUUUUAUUAAUUAUUUAGAUGAACAUUAGGUUAGGAGUAAAUUGCUCACCUAUCAAAAAUUAUUUGAAUCUUCUAAUAGCUUUUUGCUUAUUAUAGCUGGGAAACUGACUAUUUUCUCUUUGUGUCAAUAGCUUCUAGUUUGCUAUGUUGUCUUUUAUGUGUUUGUUUAGAGGAAAUGAUUGAAUUUCAGGUGUUUGUAUCAAGAUCCAAAGGAAGCCCCUGGCAAGGCACCGUGUCCCAUGGGACAGAACUGUCACAGCCACACAGAUCAACUCCAAAAUUAAAACAGUCUGUUUAAAAAACAUCACUGGCUCCACAUGCUUGUAAAACGUUUUCUUUUUAAUGUCUCAUCUAGA